CCAGCGCAGGACGGACCGGACGAAGACUUUUAUUGUGUUGUUUAAAAACGUCUGUUGUUCAGUGUUCUUCCUCGACUUUACAUGGUGGAACUUUUUAAACGCCGAUCCUCAUUCUGCAACCAACUGCCGGCCUUUCAAAAAGCUUUCUUGCAAGGGAAUGGCCUUAAUCUAAAAAACUGGAUGUUGCUCUAGAUUAUGACCUCAUCCAAGAACAAUCGCUACAACCGAUUCUCUGGAGGUGCAACACAUUUACCAACCGUCGAAAACACAAGCAUUACAAGAAUGGAAACCACGUUUGGUCCAGCGUACUCUACUGUCACCACCAUCACUAAAGCUGAUGGGACAAAUACGUUUAAACAGCAUCGGAGGACCCCAUCUUCCUCCAGUACACUGACCUAUUCACCGAGGGACGAGGAUGAUGCCAUGCCUCCGAUCAGUACUCCACGCCGGUCGGACUCUGCAAUAUCUGUGCGAUCUCUGCAUUCAGAAUCGAACAUGUCUCUGCGAUCCACGUUCUCUCUGCAUGAAGAAGAGGAUGAGCAGGAGCCUUUAGUUUUUGCUGAACAACCUUCAGUGAAGUUAUGUUGCCAACUUUGUUGCAGCAUAUUCAAGGAUCCUGUUAUUACAACAUGUGGACACACAUUUUGUAGAAGAUGCGCCUUAACAUCUGAAAAGUGCCCUGUGGAUAACGCAAAGCUGACAGUAGUUGUUAAUAACAUAGCUGUCGCUGAGCAGAUUGGGGAGUUGUUUGUGCAUUGCAAAUAUGGCUGCCAGCCAGCAUCCAGUGGGAAACCAGGAGCUUUCGAGGUUGACCCACGAGGCUGCCCCUUCACCAUUAAACUGAGUGGAAGAAAAGACCAUGAAGGCAGCUGUGACUACAGGCCAGUUCGCUGCCCUAACAACCCAAACUGCCCUCCGCUAUUAAAAAUGAAUCUUGAGGCCCACCUUAAGGAAUGCGAACACAUCAAGUGUCCACACUCCAAGUAUGGGUGCACGUUUGUAGGAAAUCAGGACACAUAUGAAGCUCACCUGGAGGUGUGUAAGUUUGAAGGUUUGAAGGAAUUCCUACAGCAGACUGAUGACCGUUUUCACGAGAUGCAAGUGGGUCUGGCGCAGAAGGAUCAGGAGAUUGCCUUCCUCCGAUCAAUGCUCGGGAAACUUUCGGAGAAGCUUGACCAGCUGGAGAAGUCUCUGGAGCUAAAGUUUGAUGUCCUAGAUGAGAACCAAAGUAAACUCAGUGAGGACCUGAUGGAGUUCCGUAGAGACGCUUCAAUGCUAAGUGAUGAACUUUCACACAUCAAUGCCAGGUUAAAUAUGGGAAUUCUGGGAUCAUACGAUCCUCAGCAGAUUUUUAAGUGCAAGGGGACAUUUGUGGGUCACCAAGGACCGGUUUGGUGUUUGUGCGUCCACUCUACCGGUGACCUGCUCUUCAGCGGUUCUUCAGAUAAAACAAUUAAGGUGUGGGAUACCUGUACAACAUACAAGUGCCAGAAGACUCUAGAGGGACAUGAUGGCAUCGUCUUGGCUCUCUGCAUUCAAGGGAACAAAUUGUACAGUGGCUCUGCAGAUUGCACAAUAAUUGUUUGGGACAUACCAGCUUUGCAGAAAGUCAACACUAUCCGGGCACAUGACAAUCCUGUUUGCACAUUGGUAUCAUCACACAACAUGCUAUUCAGUGGCUCACUCAAAGCUAUUAAGGUCUGGGACAUUGUGGGUACGGAACUAAAGCUAAAGAAGGAGCUCACGGGUCUGAAUCACUGGGUGCGGGCAUUGGUGGCCUCGCAAAAUCACCUUUACAGUGGAUCUUACCAGACGAUCAAGAUCUGGGACAUAAGAACUCUGGAGUGUGUCCACGUACUGCAGACCUCUGGUGGCAGUGUGUACUCCAUUGCAGUUACUAAUCACCACAUUGUGUGCGGAACCUAUGAAAACCUAAUUCAUGUGUGGGACAUAGAAUCUAAAGAGCAAGUUAGAACGCUGACUGGCCACGUAGGCACAGUGUACGCACUGGCUGUAAUUUCGACACCAGAUCAGACUAAAGUCUUCAGUGCAUCUUACGAUCGAUCACUUAGGGUUUGGAGCAUGGACAACAUGAUCUGUACACAGACCUUACUCCGCCACCAAGGUAGCGUCACUGCACUAGCUGUGUCCAGAGGACGGCUCUUCUCAGGUGCUGUGGAUAGUACAGUUAAAGUCUGGACCUGUUAGUACACGUGAGCUUGUGAAACGAACGGAACAUUCUGCGUGACUUGGCUUUUUACCUUGUUUUUUUUAAGAAGGAAAUUGAGGCCACUACAACCUGGCUGCCAUGGUGCAAUCUGUUCUAGGAUUGUUGACUGGUUGAGUCUAAUUGGCAUGACUUGUCUUGCAUACAGUGGAAGUUGCAGCUCUGUGAUUAAGAUGGGAAAUGGCACUCCAGGAUUGUUUGUACUCAAUGACUGUAUAAUUAGGAUUUCAAGGUAAUGAACAAAGGCAUCUUAGACAAGCAGAAGGCCGAAUGGGAUGUGCGCAUAGUGGAGGAACGGUGUCCUUUGAGAAACAUUUAUAGGGGUUGAAUUUGUGUGUGUUGUAUGUGUGUACAUGUACGUUCCUGUAAAAGUGUGCAGGCCCAUUCAAGAUACAGUUAAAGGGGCUAUUUUAUUUCCCUGUCCUUCAUGUGGAGUCCUGGAGUCCUCUAAUCAAUGUUAGAGCACUCACCUC